AUGGCUACUGCACAAAAGAUUAAAGUAGAGAACCCUAUCGUGGAACUCGAUGGUGAUGAGAUGACUCGUAUCAUCUGGAAAAAGAUUCGUGACGAUCUCAUUCUUCCCUUUUUGGACGUGGACCUGAAAUACUAUGACUUGGGCAUAGAGCAUCGCGACCAAACCGACGAUAAGGUUACCACCGAGGCUGCCGAGGCGAUCAAGAAGUACAAAGUCGGAGUCAAGUGCGCCACGAUCACGCCCGAUGAGGCGCGUGUCAAGGAGUUUGGCCUGAAGAAAAUGUGGCUUUCGCCUAACGGCACCAUCCGUAACAUCCUGGGCGGCACUGUUUUCCGCGAGCCAAUCGUUCUUAGCAAGAUCCCCCGUCCAGUUCCUGGCUGGACUAAGCCGAUUUGCAUUGGCCGCCACGCUUUUGGCGAUCAGUACCGCAGCACUAACUUUGUCGUGCCGGGUGCUGGCAAGCUCACCAUUACGUACACCCCCAGCGACGCGCAGCAGGAGCCGAUUGAGUACCAAGCGUACGAAUUUAAUGAGAACGGCGGUGUUGCUAUGGCCAUGUACAACACGAUCGACUCCAUCACGGGCUUUGCUCACGCUUCGUUCAAGAUGGCGAUCGAAAAGCAGAUGCCGUUGUACUUGAGCACCAAGAACACCAUUCUCAAAGCAUACGAUGGCAAGUUUAAGGAUAUCUUCCAGGAACUGUACGAGUCGAUCUACAAGCCCGACUUUGAUCGCCUCGACAUCUGGUACGAGCACCGCCUGAUCGAUGAUAUGGUGGCGCAGGCCAUCAAGGGCGACGGUGGCUUUGUCUGGGCGUGCAAGAAUUACGAUGGCGACGUCCAGUCCGACAUUCUUGCGCAGGGUUUCGGCUCUUUGGGCAUGAUGACCUCGGAGCUGAUCACCCCCGAUGGCGAUCUGAUCGAGUCCGAGGCUGCGCACGGUACCGUGACGCGCCACUACCGCGAGCACCAAAAAGGCAACGAGACAAGCACCAACUCGGUAGCCUCGAUCUACGCCUGGACUCGUGGCCUUCUUUUCCGCGGCAAGCUCGACAAUAAUCAGAUGCUGAUUGAUUUUGCCCAAACGCUCGAGCAGGUCUGUGUGGAUGCGAUCGACAAGGACAAUGUCAUGACCAAAGACCUUGCCUUCUCGAUCUACGGCAAAAAAAUGAAGCGCGAGAGCUACGUGACUACCUUUGAGUUCCUCGACCACGUCAAAGAACAACUCAUCGCAAAACUCCAGCAGAAUGCCUCGCACUUGUAG